CAUCAGAGAGAGAGAGAGAGAUUAUAAAACACUCGUUUUUGAUGGCAGAUUCCGCUCCUCUGCUUUAAAUAGCCACCCUCCUCCAUCACUCUCUCUCCUCCGGACGAGCGGCGGCGGCAGCAGCAGCGGCUCUUGAGUCGGACGCCUCCUCCCAUCGACCCGGGGGAGAUGCACACCCCUCCUCCCUCUCCUCCGGCUCUCUUCCUGCUCGCUCCUCCCUCCCCUUCGCCCAUCCUUCCUUCACUUUCUAACCCCCGAUCCUCCUCCUCCUCCUCCUCCUCCUCCUCCUCCUCCCCCUCCUCCUCCUCUCAGCUGUGGAUGCCCCGCUCACUUCCAGUAUGGACUCGGGAGGGGAAGGAGAAGAGGGUUGGAUGGAGGACCAGUGGGAGAAAUGGUUGACCCAUGACAUCAGCCUGGAUGAGUUUGAAGAUGACGACCUGUCGGAGAUUACAGAGAUCACAGAUGAGUGCGGAUUGAGCCUCAACUGCAACGGCCCGGACAUGAAGGGCCGAAUCAGGCGAGGGACCAAUAGCCUGUCGGGGAGGGCGGAGCUCGGUGCCGUCGGCCAGCUCCAGGCAGAGAUGCUGCAUUUGGAACUGAUCGACGGUGCCGACGGUUACCGCGGCGACAAGGAGUCCUCGAAGGCGUCAGCCAUCGCACCCCUGCCACUCACCAAGGACCCCGCGGCACCUGUCACCAUGGAUACCUACCGGCCCAAGAGACCCACGACCCUUAACCUCAUCUCGAUUGUGCCUCGCACACAGGACACACUGAACAACAACUCCCUUGGGAAGAAGUACAGUUGGCAGGAGAGGGUUUCGGGCUCGUCCUCGCCUCUCAAAACAGGCGAGCGCACGCCCCCCCGCGAGCACAGCUGCCUCAGCGACGAGGACCAGGUGCAGGGCGGCGCAGCGCAGACCAAGGACCGCGGGACGUCCACCGACGCCCCCUGCAGGCACGGCCACACCUCCGGACACUCGCGCGGCCCGUCCGCCACGCGCUCCAAGCUGCAGGAGAAGAAGCCGCCGCCGCCGGCGCCGCCCCCGCCCCCCCAGAACUGCACGCCGGCGGGGAAGGCGGACGGAGGCGGGCCCCACCGGGAGAAGAUCCGCUACCACACGGACGUGCGCCUGGAGCCCACGGAGGAGAUCUACCUGACCCCCGUGCAGCGCUCCGCCGACGCUCUGGACCCCCCCGACGCGCAGGACCGGCCCUUCCUCUCGCAGCAGACGGAGCAGGGCCGCAUGUCCAUCGGCUCCGACACGGAGGGCCCGCCCCCUUACCAGCCGCUGCCAGACCGGACAAACCCCUCCAUCUUCGAGGAGGACGAGGCCCACGUCCCCCCUCCGUCCUACGCCUCCUGCGUCGAGGCACUCGCCACGCCGCCCGGCGGCGCCCGCUCCUCCCUCGCGUUCGACCUCAGCCUCAAGGGGGCGGGGACGGGGGCCGCGGCCACGCUGAGGCCCGGCUCGUCGGUGGAGUACGUGGACGCCACGGACGACAGCUACUGCGGCGAGGACGAAGACGUGGACAGGGCGAUGAUGGACGGAAAGGCGGGGAAGGGGGGAGGAGCGGCGGGCGGCGGCGGCGGCGGCAGGGACCAGCUUAGAACUUCCAUGACCUCGGAGGCCAGCGGCCUCUCGUACGACUCGGUGAAAUACACUCUGGUGGUGGACGAGCACGCUCAGCUGGAGCUGGUCAGCCUGCGGCAGUGUUACCAAGGUUACAGCGACGACAGCGACUCGGCCACCGUCUACGACAACUGCGUCUCCUCCCCCUACGAGUCGGCCGUUGGGGAGGAGUACGAGGAGGAGGAGGAGGAGGAGGACGACGACGAGGACGGCAUUCGGAUCGGAGGAGUGAGGAGAGAGGCGACGGCGUGCCUGUCCGAGGACUCCACCCCGGAGGGCGACGCGCACUUCUCCAAGAAGUUCCUCAACGUCUUCAUGAACGGACGCUCUCGCUCCUCCAGUGCAGAGUCCUUCGGCCUGUGCUCCUGCCUCAUUAACGGAGAGGAGCGGGACCAGAGCCACAGAGCGGUCUACAGGUUCGUCCCUCGUCAUGACGACGAGUUGGAGCUGGAGGUGGACGAUCCGCUGCUGGUGGAGGUCCAGUCGGAGGACUACUGGUACGAGGGCUACAACAUGCGAACCGGUGCCCGGGGGAUCUUCCCAGCCUAUUACGCCGUAGAGGUGACCAAGGACCCAGAGACCAGCAAAGUGAAGAGCAGCGAGUGGAUGGACGGAUACCGGCUGAAGUUCCUGGGCUCGGUUCAGGUUCCCUCCCACAAAGGCAACGACGUUCUGUGUGCAGCCAUGCAGAAGAUUGCCACCAACAGACGGAUGACGGUCAAGUACAACCCGCCGUCCUCCUGCAUCCUGGAGAUCAGCGUGAAAGGCAUCAAGCUCGCAGUGCAAGAGGAUUACUACGCGCGGGACAAAAGCAACGAGUGCAGCCACUUCUUCCAGUUAAAGAACAUCUCCUUCUGCGGCUACCACCCCAAGAACUGCAAGUAUUUCGGUUUCAUCACCAAACACCCGGCAGACCAGAGAUUUGCGUGCCACGUGUUUGUGUCUGAAGACUCCACCAAACCUCUGGCAGAGUCAGUAGGGAAAGCCUUCCAGUUGUACUAUAAAGAGUUUGUGGAGUUCUCGUGCCCAACAGAGGACAUCUACCUGGAAUGACCCCCCCCCCUUCAUCCACAGCUCUGUACAGUACACUUGUGUCAUAACAUAACAUUGCAUGAAGGACAGUCUUAUCCGAAAAUAAACACGUUUCGGGAACAGAAAGGAGCGCCGUGGAGAAACCUGUGCGGGCAGAAAAGCAGGUGGCAACGCCAAACGCCCAGGAGCCGUAACUUGAGUACCCAAGCUGGUAUUUGAACAUGACCAACAACAAAAAAAAAAAAAAAAGGUUGACAUCUGGAAACACAAUCAGAGUUUUAGUAGAGGAUUAUUUUCACUGAAUGAUACGCUCGCUCUGCGCACAAUACAGACUCAUGAAAGGAAACCUGCGUGGAAGCAGUGACCCGAUAUGAAGGAGAUGAUCACAUCAACAACAAGAUACCUAGCUGCAGGGGAUGUUCUUUUAAGAUGUUACGGUUUUUCUCAAUUGCUAAAACGCUAAAAAGCAAUUGGCUCAGUGGCCUGGACUCGUUUAGCUAAUUCUGCAGUCUGUUGUCAAGACCUAUUUCACAAGGUGAAACACAACUCUAAUGUCAUCAGUACUGGUAAACACAACAAGUGGCAAAAAAAAAUCAAAUACAAAUAAAGAACACAUGUCAUUGAUUAAACACAAUCACUCCAAAGUUGAUUUCACUUGGAUGAAAUGAUGGAUCAGAUGAUGAUAUGAGCCAGUUCGGAGAGAAUUCAGAGGUUAGCAAUCGAGAAAAACUGUAAUGUGGAGCCGCACCUGGUGGUCGAAUCGUGAAAAGAUGCAACAGAGUAGACCAGGAUGCAACGCACAAGGACCAGUUAGCAGAUCUCUUUUGGGGAAAUGUACUGCUGCAUAAUAUACUAAACAUCUAAAUCAUAAGCAUCACCUGAAAUGCUCUCAGCAUCACGUGAAAUACGUGUUUUUUCCUCUUUUUUUUUUUUUUUAAACGUCUUCUAGAGGUACUCUAGCGCUAAGAAACCCGUCUCCUCGCAACGGCGUCCCGUUUCAAGGCCUCGCCCUGCAGUGUGUGUCCAGCUUUCAGGGUUUGACUGCAGUGCGUUUGCCGUGGUGUCACAGGGUCGUGUUUCAGAACGGUGACAUCGUGCCAAUCCGGGGCCUUUAUGUUCGUGGCAUUUGUCAAAGCAGAUCUUCCCCCGAAGGCUUCACACAUAUUAUUCGACACUCAUUUCUGAACAACAACAACAACAACGACGAUAUGAACCAUGGAGCGCUGACUUUUCUACCAGUUCCCGAUAGCAGUGGGGCGGCCAUACAAAGGGUGUAUAGACAUGCCAUAUAUAUAUAAAUAAAUAAAUAAUUUAAUAUCUGUAAUUAUUAUACAACGUUGUACGGAUUCGACAUGUAGUAUGUGAAAUGAUUUUUUUUAGGUGUGAAUUCUUCAUUAUUUAAAGUUUUAAUGCAGCUCUC